AUGAGCAAAAGGAGGCUCAACGAGGAUGAGGACACUGAUGGGUCUGGAGAGGGAAGCCUGGGCAUGAGCAUGGUGCAUGAGCUUGAUAGCGAGGACAUGGAGCGUAUAGACGAUGACUUGUAUGCACUUGAUGGUGCAUCUGUUUCGGAAGCUGUUGACCAUUCUGAUAUUGAGGAGUAUAUAGAGCAUGGCGCAAGGGCUUUUGGCCAUGAACGAGGGGAAGGAGCCGAUGGCCAUGGAAUGGAUAGCGAGGAGAAGUGCUCGCAUGAUGUGCAUGGUUAUGAUGCAGGAAGCAUUUUGAAGGCUCGGGAAGUAUCGAGUGAUUUUUUUGAGCAAGAGCUCUUUAGAAGCAAUCUGGAGACAAGGUUUGUGAAGUUUUUUGGUGGGUUUAGUAGCAAGAAGUAUGUGAAGAAGAUUCGGAGGAUGUGCUCUGAAAACAUGGAGAGUAUUGAGGUAAGCUAUCUGGAUGUUGAGCAGGAGUCUGGUGAUUUGGUAAGGUUGCUGAAUCAGCAUGCCGAGCAGACAAUUGAAGUGAUGAAUGCAGCACUUGAGAAGGUUGUUAGGGUGCAUUUUCCGAACUACCACAUGAUCAAGCCGAAGGUGCAUGCCAGGAUCACGGGGCUUCCUGUUGUGGAAGGGAUCCGAGCACUGAGGAACAAUCAUCUUGGAAAGCUUGUGAGGGUGAGUGGGGUGGUGACACGCAGAAGUGGGGUGUUUCCACACUACUCGAUCAUGAAGUUUAACUGCCUGAAGUGCAAGUCCGUGUUUGGGCCAUUUAUUGCAUCUGUGUUCAAGCCUACGCAUUGCUUUGAAUGCCAGUCAAAGGGGCCGUUUUGUGUGGAUACGACAGAAACGAUAUACAAGGACUUCCAGAAGUUAACUAUUCAGGAGAUUCCUGGAAGUGUUCCGCCGGGGUCUCUGCCGCGGUCGAAAGAUGUGCUGCUGUUCUACGACCUUAUUGACUGUGCAAAGCCUGGGGAGGAGGUUGAGGUGACUGGAGUGUAUAAGAACAGCUUUAAUGUGUCUUUAAACAUCAAGAACGGGUUUCCUGUGUUUUUUACUGUUAUUGAGGCCAGCUCUGUAAGCAAGGACGAGGGAGUGUCUGAGAUGACUGAGGAGGACGUGAGGGAUAUCAGGAGGAUGGGAAUGCACCCAGACAUCCGGAGGAUAGUGGUGAACUCGAUAGCGCCUUCUGUGUAUGGGCAGGAGGUGGUGAAGAGGGCAGUUGCACUGGCGAUGCUUGGUGGGGUUGCUAAGGAGAGCAGGAGCCACCGGAUCCGAGGAGACAUCAAUGUGCUUCUCAUAGGGGAUCCGGGAAUGGCAAAGUCGCAGUUUCUGAGGUAUGUUGAGAACACGUCGCAUAGGGCGGUGUUGUCUACCGGGCAGGGUGCAUCUGGAGUAGGGCUUACGGCAUCGGUCAGGAAGGAUCCUGUUGUCAAGGAAUGGACGCUUGAGGGAGGGGCAUUGGUGCUUGCAGACAGGGGCGUGUGCCUGAUUGAUGAGUUUGACAAGAUGAACGAGCAUGAUAGAACAAGCAUCCAUGAGGCGAUGGAGCAGCAGUCGAUCUCGAUAUCGAAGGCAGGCAUAGUUGCUACGCUGCAUGCAAGAUGCAGUGUGAUAGCAGCGGCGAAUCCGAUCCGUGGGCGGUACAAUGCAUCGCUGGCGUUUACGCAGAAUGUGAAUCUGAGCGAUCCGAUCGUGUCAAGGUUUGAUAUCCUGUGUGUGAUAAAGGAUGUUGUUGACAGUGUUGAGGACGAACGGACAGCACGAUUCAUAAUAGAAUCGCAUGAUGGGGGUGGCAAAAGCAAAGUGAAUGGAUUUGAUGCGGCAAAGAAGAUGAUGAGUCAGGAGUUGCUGAGGAAGUACAUAAUGUAUGCACGAAGCAAUGUACAGCCUGUUUUCCACGAUAUGGAUAUGGAGAAGAUAUCGAGUCUGUAUUCGGAGCUUAGGAAAGAGGGGCUGUCUUCUGGACUACCUGUGACUGUCAGGCAUGUUGAGAGUAUUGUAAGAAUAAGCGAGGCGUUUGCAAAGAUGCGCCUGAGCGCAAGCGUGAAUGUGGAAGAUGUUGAUGAAGCGAUUUCUGUGGUGCUUGACUCGUUUAUGGGUGCACAGAAGUAUUCGAUACACAAGAGCCUGAGGAGGAAGUUUAUCCGGUAUUUCAACAAGAACAAUGUAGAUGUGCUUGUGUUUUUGCUGAAAGAGGUGUUUAGCGAGAAGAUAAAAGCAUUCCGAAGCCAAAACGUAACGGUCGAUGAGUUUGAGAGAAGAGUGCAGUCGUUUGGAUUUGCGAUUCCGACGGGCUUUUAUGGGUCUGAAGCAUUUAAGGAGCAUGGAUUUAAGCUGGACAGAGAGUCUAGGAUGCUGUCGAGAAAUAGUGCUUAG